UGUGUGAUGGCGCCACACUGCGCAGAUCUCCUGCUGACUAGAGAGCAUUUUCUGAAGUUUCUACUAGCAGUGAGCUGAAUUGGAAGGAUCCUCGGAGACCAUCAGCCCACGCAAUGGAGGCAGUGACCCUGGAGGAUGUGCUUGUGAACUUCACCAUGGAGGAGUGGGCUGUGCUGAAUCCAUCUCAGAAGAAGCUCUACAGAGAAGUGAUGUGGGAAACAUUCGUGAAUAUGACUGCUGUAGGAAGGACGUGGAACAUCCAGCAAAUUGAAGAAGUGUACAAAAACUGCUCAAGAAAUCUAAGAAAUGAAAAUAUAGCCAAAAUUGAUGAAAACAAAGUUUGGACUCAACAUGAAAAAAUGUUCCUUGAGAUUUUGGAUGAGAAUGUGGAGAUACAACAGGAUGCUCUAAAGCCAGCUGAAAGCCUUGCAUGUGCAAAUCCCCUGAUUGGACAUUUAUCAUUAAACAUGUCCACAUUACCUCACACUGGAUUAAAGCCAUGUAAGUGUGUUGGAUUUGAUGAGAAGCUAAGUAAUUAUAAUGAACCUGAAAAAAUCUGCAGUGAUUUCCAGUCCUUUCAGAAGCAUGCGAGUGGAAAGCCUGGAGAGAAACAUUGUCAACAUGAGCAAUGUAGCAAAACCUACUAUAACCCUAAGGAAAGAGCUCAACCUGGCAUGGGGACUGUUGUAUGCCAGAAAAGUGUUAAAGGUCCCAGCACUCCCAGUGGUGUUCAAAUCCAUGAAAGAAUUGACUCUGCAAAGCAGUCCUCUGUAUGUAAACAAUGUGGAAAAGAACUUACAGAUGAAUGUGCAUGUCUUAGACAUAAAGAAACCCAUAGAGGUAAGAAACUCUAUAUGUGCAAGCAAUGUGGGAAAGCAUUCACUACUCAACGUUACUGUAGAAUACAUGAAAGCAUUCACACUGGGCAGAAACCCUAUGCAUGCAAACAACAUGGAAAAGUAUUUGCAACACUGAGUUAUUGUAAAACACAUGAAAGAAUUCACACCGGCGAGAAACCCUAUGCGUGUAAGCAAUGUGGAAAAACAUUUACUACAGUGACUUAUUGUAAAAUACAUGAAAGAAUUCACACUGGCGAGAAACCCUAUACAUGUAAGCAUUGUGGAAAAGCAUUUGCUACAGUGGCUUAUUGUAAAAUACAUGAAAAACAUCACACCGGGGAGAAACUCUAUGCAUGUGAGCAAUGUGGGAAAGAAUUUGCUACUAUGAACAGUCGUAAAAUGCAUGAAAAAAUUCACACUGGAGAGAAACCUUAUGCAUGUAAACAAUGUGGAAAAACAUUCAUUUCCAUGGGUGCUUGUAAAAUACAUGAAAGAACUCACACUGGGGAGAAGCCCUAUGUAUGUGAGAAAUGUGGAAAAGCAUUUGCUACACUUGGUUAUUGGAAAACACACAAAAGUACCCAUACAGGGGAGAAACCCUAUGCAUGUAAACAAUGUGGAAAACUAUUUGCCACACUGAAUUAUUGUAAAACACAUGAAAGAGUUCACACUGGGGCUAAACCCUAUGCGUGUAAGCAGUGUGGAAAAGCAUUUGCUACAAUGACUUAUUGUAAAAUACAUGAAAGUAUUCACACUGGGGAGAAACCCUAUGCAUGUAAGCACUGUGGAAAAGCAUUUGCUACAGUGACUUACCGUAAAAUACAUGAAAAACAUCAUACUGUGAAACCGUAUGCAUGUAAUCAAUGUGGGAAAGCAUUCACUAAUGUGAAAAGUCAUAAAAUGCAUGAAAGAAUUCACACUGGGGAGAAACCUUAUGCAUGUAAGCAUUGUGGAAAAACAUUCAUUAACACGGGUACUUGUAAAAUACAUGAAAGAACUCAUACUGGGGAGAAGCCCUAUGUGUGUGAGAAAUGUGGAAAAGCAUUCGCUACCAUUAGUUAUUGGAAAACACACAAAAGAACUCACACUGGGGAGAAACCCUAUGCAUGUAAGCAAUGUGGGAAAGCAUUCACUAAUGUGAAAAGUCAUAAGAUGCAUGAAAGAAGUCACACUGGGGAGAAGCCCUAUACAUGUAAGCAAUGUGGAAAAGUAUUUGCUAGCCUGCGUUAUUGUAAGAGACAUGAAAGAAAUCAUGGUGAGAAACCAUAUCUGUGUGAAAAAGUGAAUCAGAGAUCUGGUUGUCAAAUACAUGAUAUCAUUUCAGAGGAAAUGUAUAUUAUUCACUACUCAAUGUCAUUGGAAAAUAUAUGAAAGUAUAUAUAU